AACCAUUUAGAGGAGAGGAGAGAGUUUCUAAGCUAAGCUAGUUGGAGCCUCUGGAACCUCAAUUUCAAUGGCUUCUACAAUUCAAAGUCCAUUCUUCCCUGCCCCGCCCCUGCGGAACCGACGAACUCAUUCCAGCACAACCCCUCGAUUUGAAAGUUAUAUUUAUUUCAGACAACGACAAGUCCAACUCCGAGUUGCAACCGGAUCAUCUUCAAAUAGUUCUCAGUCGCAAAAUGUAUUGGCUUGGUGCAAUGCUUACGGCGAGACGAGAGGCGAGAGUAUAGAAGCCAGCAGUGCCAUCAAGGAUGAGCUCUUUGUUCGCUUUUUUCGGGAAGCUUGGCCUUAUUUUCGCGCGCACCGAGGCAGCACUUUUGUUGUGCUUAUUUCUGCUGAGAUUUUUGAUAGCCCUCAUUUGGAUCCGCUUCUCAUGGAUAUUUCUCUCCUUCAUGGAUUGGGAGUCAAGUUUGUUCUUGUGCCAGGGACCCAUGUGCAGAUUGACAGGCUUUUAUCCGAGCGUGGAAGUGAACCAAAGUAUGUUGGUCGCUACAGACUUACAGACACUGAUUCCCUAGAGGCUGCAAUGGAUGCUGCUGGCAGAAUUCGUAUACUAUUAGAGGCAAAAUUAUCACCUGGACCUUCCCUGAGUGGUAUCCGCCGACAUGGAGACAAUAGUCGUUGGCAUGAUGGUGUUAGUGUCAGUAGUGGUAAUUUCCUUGCAGCUAAGAGAAGAGGAGUUGUAGAGGGAAUAGAUUACGGGUCUACUGGUGAAGUGAAGAAGAUUGAUGUCUCUCGAGUACGCGAGAGACUUGAUCAAAACUCUAUUGUGCUAAUUAGCAAUGUUGGCUACUCGAGUUCAGGACAAGUUUUAAAUUGCAACACAUAUGAAGUUGCUACAGCUUGUGCAUUGGCCCUUGGUGCAGAAAAACUCAUUUGCAUUAUUGAUGGUCCAAUAUUAGACGAAACUGGGCGUCUUAUUCGUUUCUUAACUCUUCAGGAUGCUGAUAUGUUGGUCCGUAAAAGAGCUUAUCAGAGUGAAACAGCCGCGACUUAUGUGAAAGCUGUCAGUCAUGAAGACCUACCUCCUUUAGGCUAUGACACUUCAAAUGGAACUAUGUUUUUUCAUGACACGAAUGGCUUUAACCAUGCAUAUAACCCCACAUUCCAGAAUGGAGUUGGCUUUGACAACGGGAAUGGACUUUGGUCUGGCGAACAAGGUUUUGCUAUUGGAGGACAAGAGAGGCUAAGUCGGUUAUAUGGUUACCUUUCUGAGUUAGCUGCAGCAGCUUUUGUUUGCAGAGGAGGUGUUCAAAGAGUUCAUCUGUUAGAUGGCACCAUUGGUGGAGUUCUAUUGAAAGAGUUGUUUCAAAGGGAUGGGUUUGGUACAAUGGUGGCUAGUGACCUAUAUGAAGGAACUCGAAUGGCAAGGGCAACAGAUAUUCCUGGAAUAAAACAAUUAUUGCAACCUUUAGAAGAGUAUGGAACAUUGAUCAGGAGGACAGAGGAAGAACUUCUCGUGGCAUUGGAUUCAUUCAUCGUUGUGGAAAGAGAGGGUCAAAUCAUAGCUUGUGCUGCUCUAUUUCCAUACUUGAUAGAAAAAUGUGGAGAGGUUGCUUCUAUUGCUGUUUCUCCUGAAUGUCGUGGCCAAGGGCAGGGAGACAAAUUACUUGAUUACAUUGAAAAGAAGGCAUCUUCCCUUGGGAUGCAAAUGCUAUUUCUCCUCACAACUCGCACAGCAGACUGGUUUGUAAGGCGUGGUUUUUCGGAAUGUUGUGUUGAUCAGAUACCAGUGGAAAGAAGGAAAAGAAUCAAUCUCUCACGUGGGUCUAAAUAUUACAUCAAGAGGUUACAACCUGAUAGAAGUGGUAUUCGCUUUGGCAGUCCAUGAGGAGAGUGAAGUGAUAUAUUAUUGAUUAUUGAUUGGUGUAAAAGCUGUAUAUCGAGAGAGAUAAUAAAGCUGCUUGUAACUCAUAGUAGGUGUAAAAGCUGCUCAAUCAAUCUGUGACUACUACAAAAGAAUAAAAGCCACGCAGCAUAAACUGUGUAUUUAUGUAUCCCAUCAUCCCAUGUUUUGUAUACCUGGUUUGUUUAUAUUCUUGUACCUGGCUAAAUGUGUAGAGUGGGAAACAUGCAAAUAUUAAAUGGAGUAAAA